AUGCUGACAGAUGAACUAGAGGUUAUAUUUAGCAGUAAUGGAUAUAUUGAAUACCAAAAAGGGAACAUGUCUUUAAUUGCUUGUAUACCACAUGGAGGACAUCAGCAAUCUUCUGCUUCUAAAACUAAAAAAGCUUGGGAAAAGUAUCAUAAUUUUAUAUCCCGAGCGAUUGAAGAUAUAAAAGAAAAACACAGAUGUGGUUUAUUGAUCGACCUUCAUGAACAUGAUCAAUCUGAAAAUAUCGAGUUGGGAUAUAUGCUAUCGAAAGAGGAGUUAAUGCUAUCAGAUGAACAAAUUAAUCAAUCCCCAUCUGUUCAAACUGAGUUUAGCAUAAAAAAUCUUUAUCUUUAUCAUAAAGAAUCUCUUUCUUUUGCAGAAUUGCUAUGUGGAAAAUUUAAUUCUCUUGGUGGCAAGUUGCAAUCAUAUAGUUAUGAAACAACUUCUUCUCAUAUUAACCAAUAUCCCAAAGAUGAGAAAUAUUUUUUUGGUGGAUAUACUAUAAAAAAAUAUAAAUUAUUUAUCGAUGCUAUCCAAAUUGA